AGAAGUGAGCUACAGGUGUCUCACCGCAGAACAGGACAGGCACAGAGAGCGGCGGACCCAGGCCGCCGGAGGCUCACCGAGAGACGAAGGAACACCGAGAGCCAUCGCCGCAGUGACAGAGAGGGGGGGCCGACCUCUUCUGCGCCCCUGCUGACCCCGCUUGCCGGUCACUCCGCGCGGUCAGCGCCAUGAAGGGGCAGGCCCUCUCGCUGGGGCUCGCCACGGUCAUGCUGGUCGUGCUGCUGUACAAGCAGUUCGAGCAGGAGAUGGACCUGCGGGCGGUGCAGGGCCUGGUGCUGACGCUGGAGGAGAAGAUGCAGAGCAAGCAGGACGAGAUCGAGCGGACCAGAGCCAGCAUCCGGAACGUCCAGGUCGAGGAGGAGGCCAUGAAGAAGACCUCGGUGGAGCUGGACGCCAAGAAGGACGACCGGACUGCCAAGCUGGGGAAGGAGAAGGCCAGCUUCGACGCCUGCCAGGCCCAGAAGAAAGAGGCGCAGGAUAAGAAGAAAGCAGCGCAGGAUCAGCUGCAGGAGUUCAAGGCCCAGCGGGCCGUGACGCCCGGCAGGAGACCCGGGACCGAGGAAGGAGAAAAAGACAUGGAAGAUGACGCCCACAAGUCCCCGCGGAGUCCGCAGAGCCCAGCCCCGGCGAAGACAGGAGGCGCGUGUGUCCUGGCGGAGCCGCGGUCCGAUCUCGACCCGCUUGUUGCCAGAAGGCGUCUGCGCUGGGGUCGCCCGCUCUGGCCGAUCCGGGGCUGGGAGGAACGGGAACGGGGAGGGAGAGACAGGACAGAGCUGGUGCUCCCCUGGGAUCCUUCCCCGGGGGUCCUGGCGGAUCGGCUGACGGCGGGGGCAGGCUCGGGCGGCGGAGGCCCGCGGGGCCGGCCGUUCUGGAGCGCCUCCGCGCGUCCUGGACAGCCGGUGGCGGCGUGGGAGCGCGGUACGGAGGCGUCCCGGGGGACCAACACCAGUGAGAGCGCCGGCUCCGGUCCCGCCGGGGUCGGGUUCUCCAGGGAAUGCGGUCGGAACCCACGCCUUGGAAAGUCCUGCGUGGAGCUGCCGUGUGGCCAGUGGAGUGUGUGUCUAGGGGGCUCGUGGGCCGCACAGGCUGCCCCAACGUCGCGUUGCUACGACCUGGUGAACCGUCGCAAAUAUCCUUCACGGAUCCUCUCCUGGCUCCGGGAAGCCAUCCCGUUUCGGAACCUGACGGCUCACCUUGACGGACCCGGUCGGAGGGCCCGAGGGCCAGCCGGCGGCGUGUCGGUCGUCCUGGAUCUGUGUGUCCUAGUGUGCUGUUGUGCGCUCGCACAGGGAAACCUGCGACUGGGACUGACAUCUCUAUGCUUGUUGUUGUUGUGUGUCAUUGCAUCAUUGCGUGUCAUUGUGUGCUGUUGUGCAGAUGAGCUGUGCGCCAGCAUUGUGCGUUCGCACAGGGAGACCUGCCAGUACCGUGUGGAGGAUCUGCAGGCCCUGCGCUACAAGGUCUUCAGCGGGGAGGAGGUGCUGGCCUACCAGAGGAAGUCGGUGGAGGAGAUGUGGGAGCGCUGUGCUUGCCGGCUGACUGAUGCCAUUCAGUACGUGGUGGAGUUCGCCAAGCGGGUGGAUGGCUUCCUGGACCUCUGCCAGAACGACCAGAUCGUGCUGCUGAAAGCAGGCUCCAUGGAGGUGGUUCUGAUCCGGAUGAGCCGGGUGUUUAAUCCAGAGAACAGCACCGUGUUCUUCGAAGGGAAGUACGCUGGGAGUGAAGUCUUCAAGUCGCUGGAGAGGUGUAAGGCAGGAAGAGGGAAAUGUGCUGACCACGUCCCUGGGUGUCAUUCCCAGCUCUACCAGAAGAUGGCGGUGCUGAAGUCCCUGUGCUCUCUCCACAUGGAGAAGCUGCGCUCCUUCCGCCAGUUGUACCCCCUCAUCGUCCACUCCCUGUUCCCCCCUCUUUACAAAGAGCUCUUCACCUCUGACAGUGAGCCCCCGCUGGCCAGGGAGUGAACUGCGCCCUCCGCUGCAUACACUGAUACCUGUCUGUCUGUCCUGUAAAUUCUUUUAUUCUUGACAUUAAGAUGAAAGCAUUUAAAAUAUAUAUAUAUAUUCUUUUAUGAGUCUGGGGAAUAGCUAUUGUAUAUUUUAGAUAAAUAUCUGAGUAAUUAUUGUUUUUUUUAAUACUUUUUGUAGGGGAAACAGUGCUGAUUAUAAUUUAAACAAUACAAUGUGUUUGAAUGGUGAUUUGUAUCUGUCACAGGGCUCUGCUGCAAACCAGCUGUAACAGGAAAAUGUAUGAAUUUGGGAAUCUGGUGAAAUAAGGAGUAUGUGUGUGCUGGAGGGUAUCUGUGUGUGUCAAUUGUGUGACUGUGAGUGUGUCUGCAUUCAGUUGUGUGAGUGUGAGAAUGUAUACAUGUGUCUAAUUGUGUGGUCGAAAGAGAGUGUGUGUAUGUGUUCACAGUUGUGAGUGUGUGUAUGUGUGUACAGCUGUGAGUGCGAGUGUGUGUCUAAUUGUCUCAGUUUGAGAGUGUGUCCAAUUGUGUGAGUACGUGUGUGUGUCCAAUUGUGUGAGUGUGUGUCUGUGUGUCCAAUUGUGUGAGUGUGU